GAACGCGGCCCCAAUCAGCUGUUCCCAAGCGACGCGACGGAGGCUGAAGGCUACUUGCGGACGGCUAUUUUCAAUGCCACGCCGCGCUCCUCCUCCUCACUGACAGGUGAUUUCUCCGACGCCACGCGGGUGCCAUGAAUGCCAUUAAAACAGCCAAGGGCCUGUUACGCCAGGAACUGAAGGCGAAGCUGAACGGCCUGAGUAACGAGGAGAAGGCACGGCAGUCGCAGGUCGUGCAGAAGAAGGUCCUGCACCAUGACCUGUACAGGAAGAGCCAGAGGCUGUCCAUUUUCUUGAGCAUGCACGACGAAAUUAACACGGAUUUAAUCCUGCGGGAUGCUUUGGAUGCUGGCAAGGCUGUUUAUAUCCCCAGAUAUGAUAGCAAGUCGACCUACAUGGAUAUGGUUCGACUCAAAUCGUGGGAGGAAUACGAUGCUUUGCCGAUGACCAAGUGGAACAUCAAGCAGCCUCCUUUGGACCAAGAUCGGGAACAGGCCCUGGCUUCAGGGGGCCUUGAUCUGAUCCUUGUACCUGGCCUGGCAUUCACCAAAGCAGGACAUAGGAUGGGUCGUGGACGAGGAUAUUAUGACACAUAUCUUGCAAAAUGUCGAGAUGUGCAAGAGCAUCCUCCAAGUACGAUUGCAUUGGCUUUUAUUGAGCAAGUGCUUCCUGAAAUACCCAUUGAAGAGACAGAUGUUCCAAUUGAUAUCAUUCUUAGUGCUGAAUAAUGUUGACAUGCUUGCAUAUUCAUAUGUGAAUAUACAUAGGCAUGUGUGUAUGCACAUAUUAAUUAUGUUUGUAUAUACUUUUGUAAGGAAUUUUUUCUAUGCUGCAUCUUGCAAAUGUAUAACUUUUGAUAUUACACUUAACUUGAUCACAAGUAAACCAGGAUUUGUAUUAGGAUAUGCUAGCCAGGGUUAUAUGGUUGUAUGUAUAAAUGGUUAUAUAGGUGUAUGGGAGGGUGAAUAUGCCCAAAUGAAUACAUACAGUACAAUAUAUGUAUGCCUUUACAAGGUACUAAUGAUCUGGUAUGAAAAGAUAUUUUGCAAGAUAUUUACUUGUAUCAUUUUUUAUGUAAUGAGGGACACAAUUUCUACAUUUAUAUUGAGAAUUUUCUGCAUAAACAGGAAGUCAGUAGUUCAAAAGAAGAAGUGAAAUUUGUCGAGGAAAAAGCUUUUCCAAAACAUGUUAGGUUUAUUUUUUGUUCUAAAUGGUUCUGUUCUUUUUUGAAAAUAUUUACUGCAAAUAUUACACAUUUCAGAAUCUAUAUCUUCAAAAUUAGCUCUAGACAUCUGAUCAAGUCACACAUUUCCUCAAAAGGUUUAUCAUGAAUACAUUCUUCAUUUCAUAUCAAUUUUUUUCUGUUAAUAUAAUCUUUGUAAAGACUACAAAUUGCCCGUAUCAUCCUAUGGUACAUAGAUGUUGGCAUAUGCAUACAAGUGUAAGAUGAGUGUUUAUUUUUUUCUUUAUUAAAAAAAAUCAAGAGAGGAAGAGUGAUCAACCCCCUAAUGAAGGUUGAAAUAAAAUGUUUCAUGAAGGAAGUAAAACAAACAUGGAUUUUUGGAUAUGCAAAUUGUUAAAAGUGUGCAAUAUGUAUGGGUGCUUCAUAAACUCCUUUGUUUGUUAAGUC